UAGGAAAUUGAGACGCCGAAGGGCCCAGAGCCACAGAGGGUGAGACAGAGGCUUGCCUGGCAAGACCUGGAGCCUCCCCAUCUUACCAAGAAGAGGGAAGUCGGCAGAACUGUCCUCACUCCUCCCCAGCGCACCCCCGGACGCUAUGGCCCACUCCUCCGGCCGGCCCUGCGUGUAGGAUGGUAGCACACAACCAGGUGGCAGCCGACAAUGCAAUCUCCACGGCAGCAGAGCCCCGACGGCGGCCAGAACCUUCCUCCUCCUCCUCCUCCUCCUCCUCUUCGCCUGCGGCCCCGGCUCGCCCGCGGCCCUGUCCGGCGGCCCCGACUCCGGCCCCGGCCCCGGGUGACACGCACUUCCGCACGUUCCGCUCGCACGCGGAUUAUCGGCGCAUCACUCGGGCCAGCGCGCUUCUCGACGCCUGUGGCUUCUACUGGGGGCCCCUGAGCGUGCACGGGGCGCACGAGCGGCUGCGCGCCGAGCCCGUGGGCACCUUCCUAGUGCGGGACAGCCGCCAGCGGAACUGCUUCUUCGCCCUCAGCGUGAAGAUGGCCUCAGGCCCCACGAGCAUCCGCGUGCACUUCCAGGCCGGCCGCUUCCACCUGGACGGCAGCCGCGAGAGCUUCGAUUGCCUCUUCGAGCUGCUGGAGCACUACGUGGCGGCGCCGCGCCGCAUGCUGGGGGCCCCGCUGCGCCAACGCCGCGUGAGGCCGCUGCAGGAGCUGUGCCGCCAGCGCAUCGUGGCCACCGUGGGCCGCGAGAACCUGGCGCGCAUUCCUCUCAACCCCGUCCUCCGUGACUACUUGAGCUCCUUCCCCUUCCAGAUCUGACCGGCCGCGCCCGCCGCGCACGCAGCAUUAACUGGGGCGCCUUCUUAUUUUCUAUUAUUAAUUAUUAUUUCUCUGGAACCACGUGGGUGCCCUCCCCACCUGGGUUGGAGGGAGCUGGUGUAGGGGGCGAGGCGCCUCCUGCUCUGGGCUGGAGACAGGGCUGCAGACCCUUCCCCACCUCUUGUGGGGAUGCCCCCUCCUGGUGCUCCCUCUGGGUUCCCCUGGUUGUCGUAGCAGCUUAACUUAACUGUGUCUGGGGCCAGGACCUGAACUCGUACCUCCUACCUCUUCAUGUUUACAUAUACCCAGUAUCUUUGCACAAACCAGGGGUUGGGGGAGGGUCUCUGGCUUUAUUUUUCUGCUGUGCAGAAUCCUAUUUUAUAUUUUUUACCACCAGUUUAGGUAAUAAACUUUAUUAUAAAAGUUUUUUUUUAAGAAAA